AUGUCAUCUGCUAUUGGUAUUGACUUAGGUACUACUUAUUCUUGUGUUGCACAUUUCACAAAUGACAGAGUUGAAAUUAUUGCCAACGAUCAAGGUAAUAGAACCACCCCAUCCUUUGUUGCAUUCACCGACACUGAGAGGUUGAUUGGUGAAGCAGCAAAGAAUCAAGCUGCUAUGAACCCUGCAAAUACUGUCUUUGAUGCAAAGAGACUGAUUGGUAGGAAGUUCAAUGAUGCAGAAGUGCAAAAUGAUAUCAAGCAUUUCCCAUUCAAGGUGAUUGAUGAAGCUGGUAAACCAAAGAUCCAAGUGGAAUAUAAGGGUGAAACCAAGGUGUUUACUCCAGAAGAAAUAUCAUCUAUGGUUUUAACAAAGAUGAAGGAAACCGCUGAAGCUUACUUGGGUAAAACCGUUAAGGAUGCUGUUGUUACAGUUCCUGCAUACUUCAAUGACUCUCAAAGACAAGCAACCAAAGAUGCUGGUACUAUUGCAGGCUUGAAUGUCUUGAGAAUUAUUAACGAACCAACUGCUGCUGCAAUUGCUUAUGGUUUAGAUAAGAAGGAUUCCGGUAAGGGCGAACACAACAUUCUUAUCUUUGAUUUGGGUGGUGGUACUUUUGAUGUUUCCUUGUUAUCCAUUGAUGAAGGUAUCUUUGAAGUUAAGGCAACUGCCGGUGAUACUCACUUGGGUGGUGAAGAUUUUGAUAACAGAUUAGUUACUCAUUUUGCAAAUGAAUUCAAGAGAAAAUAUAAGAAGGAUUUGACCUCCAACCAAAGAGCUUUAAGAAGAUUAAGAACUGCUUGUGAAAGAGCAAAGAGAACUUUAUCUUCAUCUGCUCAAACUUCAAUUGAAAUUGACUCUCUAUUUGAAGGUAUCGAUUUCUACUCCUCAAUCACUAGAGCUAGAUUUGAAGAAUUAUGCGCUGAUUUGUUUAGAUCCACUUUGGACCCAGUUGAAAAGGUUUUAAAGGAUGCAAAACUUGAUAAAUCUGCGAUUGAAGAAAUUGUUUUAGUUGGAGGUUCAACAAGAAUUCCAAAGGUUCAAAAAUUAGUUUCUGACUAUUUCAAUGGUAAGGAUCCAAAUAAGUCCAUCAACCCAGAUGAAGCUGUUGCUUAUGGUGCUGCUGUUCAAGCUGCUAUUUUGACUGGUGAUACAUCCUCAAAGACUCAAGAUUUAUUAUUGUUGGAUGUUACUCCAUUAUCCUUGGGUAUUGAAACUGCUGGUGGUGUCAUGACCAAGUUGAUUCCUAGAAACUCUACCAUCCCAUGUAAGAAAUCUGAGAUCUUCUCCACUUAUGCAGAUAAUCAACCUGGUGUUUUAAUUCAAGUUUAUGAAGGUGAACGUGCAAAAACCAAGGACAACAACUUGCUUGGUAAGUUUGAGUUAUCUGGUAUUCCACCAGCUCCAAGAGGUGUUCCACAAAUUGAAGUCACCUUUGAUAUUGAUGCUAAUGGUAUCUUGAAUGUCUCUGCAGUUGAGAAAGGUACUGGUAAGACCCAAAAGAUUACUAUUACCAAUGACAAGGGUAGAUUGUCAAAGGAAGAUAUCGAGCGUAUGGUUUCGGAAGCGGAGAAGUUUAAGGAAGAAGAUGAAAAGGAGGCAAAGAGAAUUGCUGCAAAGAAUGGUCUUGAAUCAUAUGCUUAUUCUUUGAAGAAUACUGCCUCCGAAGCUCAAUUUGAAGAAAAGGUUGGUGCUGAUGACAAGAAGACCAUUGUAGACAAGGUUGAAGAAAUCAUCAACUGGUUAGAUGCUAACCAAACUGCAACCACUGAGGAAUACGAUGACAGAUUAAAGGAAUUAGAACAAGUUGCAAAUCCAAUUAUGCAAAAGCUAUAUGCUGCUGGUGGAGCUCCUGGUGGCGCUGGUGCUGCACCUGGUGGAUUCCCUGGUGCUGGCGGUGCUGGUGCAGCUGAAGGUCCAUCUGUUGAGGAAGUUGAUUAA